AUGGAAAAGCGAAGCGAUUUCGAAGAGAUCAAAACUAAUCCAGCAAUGGGUUCUCCCAUCAAUUAUGACUAAAGUGACGAUCGUUCAAAUUUUAAUGGAAAAAGUAGCAUCAAUAUGGUUGAUGAAUAUCAAGGUAGUUUAAAUUGUGUUGACUAAAUUUUUAUAGAAGAACAUCCAACAAAUGCAUCAAGAUUAAAAGAGCACAGUUAAUUUCUUACAGAAACUUACAACUAGGGCAGUUCUAGCUAAUCUAAUCUUACCAGAAAAACAAGAGUUGAAGAAAUCAAAUUGUACUAGGUGUUUUUGUUUGCUAAUCCUAAAAGUGGUUCUUAAUAAGCUAGAUUUUUUAUAAAUCAAUAAAUGUUUGAGCAUACAUUUGAAUUAGGCAAAGGGGUGUAAGCACAUUUGUUAAUUCAUAACAUUCUUGAUGAAUAAGCUGCAAAAUCAGGCUAUGCUUAAAUUGCAAGCCUAUAAAGAGAAGAUGAUCCAACUGUAAGAAUAAUAAUGGUAACAGCUGGUGGUGAUGGCUCAUUGAUAGGAAUCGUCAUGAAAGCUUAGGAAGAUAAAAAGAAUAAAGUUGAUUUUGACAAACUGCUGUGCUGUCCUUUGCCUUAUGGAACAGGCAAUGAUCUUUCAAGAAUAUUGAAAUGGGGAGGCAGUCCAGAUAGUCAAUAUUACAAGAAAUUAGAUAGACUUAUUUAGGAAAUUUGCUUAAACUCUGAAGAACAGCAAAUUAAUCUUUGGAAAGUGGUUAUCAAAUACAAAGAAAAGGGGGCAACUUAUAUAGUUGACUCUAAAUCCAGAAAAUAUGUUUAAGAUCAUGAUGACUUCAAAAGAUAUAUGAUUAAUUACUUUGGAAUGGGUGAAGAUGGGAGGAUAGGAGUAGCAUUUGAAAAAAAUAGAACGAAAUACAGAUGCUGCAACAAUUGUAUAUAUUGCUGGGCUGGCUUUAAGAAUUUUCUUGGAUGCUGUAGAAAUUAAACUAUUGCAGAGUAAAUAGAUUACAUGAAAGUACUUGACGAUGAUAAUCAAGAGUCUCUUAUUGAUAAAAAAGAAGAUUCAUUAGAAGAGGAAAAGUCAAUGAGAUCAACAGAGGGGAUAAAAUUGAAUUAAGGGGGGCGUGUGGUCUUCUCAACAAACUAAAAAGACAAGGACAACUUUAGAUUAGAAGGAAAUCCAAUAUCCAUUAUCAGCACAAAUAUCAAUAGUAUGAUGGGAGGUAGAAGAAAUGUCUGGAAUGAAUCAAGAAACCACAUAGGCUUAAAAAAUCCAUACCAGACACAGAAAGCUCCAAAGAAACCAUUAGUUUAGUUUAAUAAUCAGCAUUUUGAUGAUGAUGUUCUUGAAUUUAAUAGCUUUAACACCAUACUAUAAAUGGUACUUACUGGUGGAUACAGAAUUUCACAGGAUAGAGGACCUAUUUAGUUUAAGUUUAAAGAUCUUAAAAAAGAUUUUUAUGCCUAUUUAAACGUGGAUGGAGAGUACUAUAAGAUGAGGAAUCCUGAUACAGCCACAGUAUCACUCGCCACUGAUUGCACAAAGAGUGGAAAACUUAGACUUCUUGCUAGAAAAGUUUGA